AUGAUGGCAUUUUCUUGGAGUCAUUGCAUCAUCUGCCAGAAAGACACAUCAGAAGAGGUAAGAUGUCCAUUAAGAUCACGUGGAGCAGAUAAGAGCGAUCCCAGAAGCGUGUAUAACUCGUUUCUACAAAAUGUUUCUGGGUUCCGUGAUUCACUGGAUGUAAUAUUGCCUGUUUGCCUUACGCUGCCGCUCGAGCUAAAUGUUGAUGCCUUGAUCGAAAAAGAAGCUGCGUGGCACAAGUCUUGCCAUUUACAUUUCAGUAAAUCUAAACUAAAUAAGGCAAAGGAAAAAGCAACUCGAAAAAGGAAACAAGAUCAAGCAAAGCCAGAGCAGGAGAAACCAACCAAAAUCCGUAUACUGUCCUCUAGCAUAAAGAAGAACUGCAAAGAGAACUGCAUAUUGUGUGACCAAACUUGUACUGGCCCGCUUCAUAAUGUCACUACUUCCACUAAUGAUGAAAACCUUCACCGAAUGAUAACAGAACUAGAAGACAACACGCUGUUACCUAAGAUUUCUGGGGUUGACCUUAUUGCAGCUGAAGCAAAAUAUCACAUGAAAUGCAUUACAAAUCUGCAAGAAGUCACUUAA